AUGCUUGGAAACCGAGUAUGUGUCCUCGGCGGGGGCCCCCUAGGCCUUGUAGCAACCAAGAACCUCGCGGAGCAAGGCAUGCACGUCACGACUUUUGAGAAGGGUAGCAAGGUCGGGGGAAUCUGGACGAUACGAGACGGCCAGCUAAGCGUGCUCCCUACGACAACCAAGAACACCUCGAAGCAAGUCUCAUCAUUCACAGAUCUGCGAUACCCCAAAGACGCAAAGACGCACCCCAGUGCCAAGCAGGUCGAGACUUAUCUGGACAACUAUGCCGACACAUUUGAUAUCCUGAAGCACUUCCGUUUUGAUACAGAAGUAGUCGCCAUUCGUCGAGACGAGCAUAACACGGCGUGGGUGGUCACGACUAAGAGUACCAAGGGCAGCAACGGCGCGACGGAGGUGCAUCACUUCGACCGAGUCGUUGUAGCUUCGGGCUUGCUGAGCGUCGCCAAAAUGCCCAGGUUCCAAGGUUCCGAGAGGUUCCAGGGUGACCUGAUGCACUCAAGGGAGUUCAAGGACCCCUCCAAGUAUGAGGGUAAGCGGGUCAUUGUUGUCGGAGUCGGCGCCACGGGAGUGGACAUCGCGUCCUUCAUCGUCAAGGCCAAAGCGAAGCAGGUCUACUUGAGCCAUCGGGCACAAAUGCUACUACUUCCGCGCAUGGUCGCUGGCAAGGCGUUCGACCACAACAUGUCGCGGCGCCUGGGUCUCAUCAUGCGCCGUCUGAUGGCGUGGAUUCCGGGCCAUAUUUUGAAGUUCAUGGCCAAUCCUAUGGUGGCCGCACGCCAGGCUGCUUACCCCUGGUUAUCCGACCACCCAUCCUUCAAUGCUCCAAGGAAGAUGGAUGGCCUGCCAUAUCGGGUGCCCAUGUUCUCCGACGAUCUCGCGUACAACAUCCGACAAGGCGCCGUGCAGACAACACAAGGCAUUGAGGAGAUCACGGGACCCCGAUCGGUCCGCAUGACUGACGGCACUGAGCUCGACGACAUUGACGCCAUAGUCGUGUGUUCAGGAUACACGUACGACCUAUCGUUUCUGCAAGGCCCUGGUAACCCUUGCGACCCGGCCUUGGCACCAGACGGGUUCAAGGCUCACAGAGCCGCCAAAUAUUACGACCCAGACUACCCGUUCGCCCGUCUGUACCAGGGCAUUCUGUCGGAGCAGUAUCCAGACAGCUUGGCCAUCCUUGGUCAUAUGCUCAUCAUGAAGCCACCCUUUGUCGUAGCCGACCUGGCGACCAUGGCCAUCGCCAGCCUGUGGAGCGGCUCAUAUCCGGGUGGCAUGCCAUCGAAAGCGGCGAUGCGGGCCGACAUCGACAAGCAGUACGAUUUCGUCGUCAAGAUGUGCGCCAACGGACCCAUACACUAUCCCGGGUUCCGCAUGUCACUGGGAGAAGCGACGUAUAAAUGGCUCAAUACUGUGGCCGGCACGGGCGUUCUGGAGCGCAUUGGCAACUGGGGCCCCGCUGCCUUCAGGCUGUGGUGGCAGGACCGCAAGUUUUACAACUUGCUGAUGGACGGCAUCGACUGUCCUGCGACGUACCGACUAUUUGACACGCCGUAUGGGCGCAAGUCAUGGAAGGGGGCCAAACAGGCCAUUCUAGACGCCAACGAGGAAGUGAGAGCCAUGGGCGAGCAGUGGAAGAAGGAGGAAGCGGACAAGAAGUCGAAGUAA